ACAUCGAUGUAUCGAUAGUAACAAUGAAGUUUUUCAACCUUCAGCAGCUUUACUUGAACUCCGCGGAAUUUUCGUUGCAAAUACUAUUUGCCAUUUUUACAGUGAAAAUAAAGUGCUUUGUUUUUCAAAAACUUAAUCUUUUCCACAGAAAAAAGAAGAUGUCGGAGAAUAGCUUCAACUCAAAGUAUUUGGACGAUGACGAUGAGGACGAAGCGAUUGCUGCCUCUGAGGGCAAAGUUUCGAGCCAGGUGGCCAAGCGCAUCUGGCAGCCAACCAUCGAUGAUACUACCCCUGGGGUCUGGGAGCCGCCCGAGAAGCCCCUGCCCCACGUGGAGGAGGAUGCUCCGAUGAGUGCCGAGGCCCUGGCGGAGGCUCUAGCGGUGAGCGAGACCGCCUCGGACUUUAUACACGAAGUGGAGCGCUCUCUCUACGGCGACAACAGCAAGGAGAACGGCUCCGCCCAGUACUUCAAGGCGGCCGAGAAUUAUUCGCUGUUUGGCGCCAACUACAUGGGCUUGGAGGAGGACAAGAACAAAAAACCGCCGCCGGGCUUCGACCAAAGCUCCAGUCAGAUUGCGGCUGGAUCGGCCGGAGUAUCCGGCCAAAGCUACUCGGGGGGACCCUCUUCAUCCGGAAUGGGCGGCAUGGCAAUGUCCCAGCAGCCGCAGCACAAGGCCGCGAAUCAGCCAGGACCUGCAGCGCUGCUUCCACAGCAGCAGCAGCAUCCGCGUCAUCCUUCGCCAGCGACAGUGCCCAAGGUCAUAGCCGAGGCAGCAGCUCUGGCUGGAGCUGGGGCUGGCAUCGACAUUGGCCUGCACGCCCAUGGACAUCUGCCCAGUGCCACGGAAAUGGCCAUCGGACACAUUUACCAGGAGCUCAUGGGCAUGAAUUUCAAUCAGGCCAAUAUACAGCAGCAGCAACACCACCACCAGCAGCAGCAGCAGCACCACCACCACCACCAGCAGCAGCACCACCACCAGCAGCAGCAGCAGCAGGCGGCUCUGAAGCAGCAGGCGGCUCUCCUCUCCUGCGGCCAAAAGGCCGUAACAGCAACUGGCAUAGUCCCUGACCCACGCGACGUAUGUUCUCAAAGCGGUGUUUCUUGCGUAUCGUGCCCGUUUGCGUCGCCAGGUCCACUUCUGGGACAACUAGAGGACGGCCAGGACAUUACACUCCACACCCACAGAUUAGAUGACUAGUUUUAAAAUAUUUUGUUUGUUUGUUUUGUCGAGUUUGUUGUCGUCUCCUCUGGGCUGAUGACCGACAGCAUAGCAAGGCGUACUCUUAAACAGU